AUGCAUUCAAACAGACCAACAGAAAAAAUGUUUAGGAGCAAAGAAUGGAGGUUCACAGACAACAUUGUCAAAGCAACAUUGUAUAUAUUCCUUUUCAUAGUUACAGGCAAUAGCCAAACUAUUCGCAAAGAUGAAUCGAGUCAAAUCGAUAACCCAACAGAAUUAAGUAAUUUAGAUAGUGAUAUAGAAUCUAAUAACUGCCAUAGCUGUUUUAGUAAUAGUAAAAUAGAUAAUAAAGUAAAUAAUCAAAAAGAAGGUAAUCCAAAGGGUAAUAAUAUAUUUGCUGAUUUCAUAGAUAAUGUCAGCACAUUUUCUGAAAAAUAUGUAUUUGUAAAUAACACUGAGAGACAAUUACAAAACGUUCUAGAGAAUAUGUUAGAUGAAGCACUCAAAAAGGAUAGGUAUGAGUUAUUCGAAGGUGUUGAAAUUAAAUCUAUCGAUUCGAAAAAUAAAACGAGUAAAGCUAAAGAUGAAUUAGAAGUACGACGAGAAGGCAGAGCGUUGUUUAGCACUUAUACAUAUGAAUACAGGUUAUUUAAGAAGAUAAAAAACUUUAUAGACACGCAUAUACUAUCUAUCAAUUUACCAAAGGCUGCAAAAAUGGUCGGAUUUAGAUCAUUCGGCUUGAAGAAGUUUUUUCUGCCUCUACUUAUCGGUGCCCAAAUUUUCAAGAGCAUACUAAUAGCGAUGUUCUUGCCAAGCAUCUUGGGAAGUUUCGGCAAAAUACUCGGGAAAGGUAUAUCCCACAUAUCAGCAGCAUCCAGUCAAGCAAGCUAUCCUCCAGCAAAUGGGGAUGAUCAAACCGCUUACAACAAUGACAACAAGGACUUUAUGGGUUAUGAAACAAACCCAGCUGCUACGUUUGCAUACACACAAGAUGACACGUAUGGGGCAGAUAAUGAUGUCAAUGAUAUGUCUAAUGUUGACAUGUCCAGAUUCGGUGUCGGUGGACAAAAAGUAGCCUACUUACCAAGCAAGAACAGUUACUAUAAGAAUCAAGUGACAACAAGCAGUAAUUAUAAGAUAUUCCAGAAAAUUCCAGCGUCUUCGAUGAUAUUGAGCAAUUACGAUCCAUUCUAUUCGCCUUUGCUUUCACGUCUGGAUGGGAUAUUCGCUACACUGGGUUUAGCGCCCACGGAGACAACAUCAGAUGACACCGUGAUGGUAGGAGGGCAAUCUCUAAGCGACGUGAAACUAGAAGCUUGUAGGGAACAGCUGAUCUGUUUGAUGUACGCCAGCCCUGCGAAGUACGCCCCGUACAGUAAUUUAAUAUCAGCACAGCUAAGCAGAGAACUAAACGAACUACGCCGUCCAGUUUCCGACAAUCCAGAAAUCUUGCGUUUCUUCCGUUACAUGCGAGCUGCGAGACGUGGACAAGAAGGAACCAACUGCUUAGAAGCUCAUCCGGCCUGCUCCGUCACAACCACACCAUCUCACACGAUGAUAGCUGCGUACCACGAUAUCAACAAACUUGUCACAGCAAGAAAACUGAGGCAUUAG